AUGGAGGAAGAAGAACUGUUUAUGCAGUUCAAGAGCAUUACUGCUACCCUUCGAUGUGAACUCGCGGCACAAAAAACGGAAAAUGAAGUCAACAGAAGCAUCAUCGAUGGACUGCGAAAGACCAUUAGGGACAGAAAUUCCUGCAUCGAAAGCCUCAAGGCAGUCAUGAAGCGCCAGAAACAAGCAUCUAUCAUCAGAAAUGACCCAAUAGUCUCCAAUUAUAAUAUCGACGACUCCGACGACACUGACGGCUCCGAUAAUGACUCCGAUAGUUCCAGCGACUCAGAGGAUUCCUACGACUCCGACGAAAAUGAUGACUCUGACAUCUCUGACGAGUCCGACUCGACCGACUUGAAAAAUUCCGAGCAUGAAAUAGAAAUAAAAGAUGAGGCAGAACGGCAAACAUUGAGGGAGAUCAUUAAGAAUAUGAAAGUUAAGCUUAAUGAUUUCAAAAGGCAGAAUGAAGGGAUGACUGCACUGUAUUUGGUCGGUCUCUUAAUUCGGCGUCGAUUGAUGGCUUCCAGCCUGUCAGGAUCUAUCCAAACUUCUUCAAUCCCCAAGAAACAUUUCAAAGAUCGUGGCAAUUUUGCUGCACAUGGUUCAAACCCAGUUGCCGAUGCAUUUGUUGUUCUUCAUCCGUCCCUGCUCGAGUAUAGGGAAGGCUUCUCGGAACAUUACAAGGACAUCUAUUGUGUUGAACCUAGCGUCAUCAUUGCCAACUCAUCAUUUUGCAUUUUUGUUCAACUGGUCAAAAUAAAUGGCAGCUUCAAGCUUUUAUUGCCUCUAGACUUGGAGUCUGCGAGGGGCUUGAACCAUGAGCAGCUGCAAUAUCAAGUGGCUGUACUUGUUUUAACGGUAUACCCGCAGAAAAAGCUUAAGAAUGAUGUUGAGUGGGCUGCGGAUGCUGAAGUAUGCAAGGAGCUUGAAGAGUUGAACGAGAUCGAAUGUCAACUUUACGCUGAUCAAAGAAAGACUCGUCAGCGCCAUGGAUAA